UGGGUGGUUCUAACAAAAGCUUUCUCGCUGCGCAGUUUAGUAGUUGUGUCGUCUGCUUAGUUUUUUGGUUUGGGAACUGUGCACGUGCACGUGACGAAAAUAUAAUCUGUCAAUCAUGCCCAAAGUCAAGACAAAGUUUGGUCAAGAGAACAAACUGAUUCAUCCCAACAGUAGGAAAGCUGACCAGAUUUCAAGGGAAUGGCAUCGUGAUGUGCGAGUCAAACACAACAAAAAGGCUAUGGCGCAAAAGAUGACGGCGUUGGGAGAAAAAAUCGCCUGGUUUCGCGACCAACUUGAUCCAGAAGUGAAAAUCUACACUCCUGGAUUGACUGCAGAUCUGGUUGAACAAUACCUGGGUAGGUUCGACGAGGAACUUGAACAAAUUCACUUGAAAAAUCAAAUUGGACAAAGAAGUUCAAGACAGCAUGCCAGCAGGGAAGAUGCUAUUGAGCACUCACAAAAGUUGGAGAGAGACGAGUACGAAGGAUGUGGGAUUGAAAUACCUGAUCUGUCGUGCCCCAAAAAUUUGGAGUAUUUACGAAGCUGGGCUGGUGUGCUUCGUUUCAUUCCAAACAUCACCAUCAAAAGAUUCAGGAAACCAGUUCAGACUAAAGCUGAUCCUUGUCAUGAAAAUGGAGAUGAAAUGGAAGAAAAUGAAACAGAUGAUGCAAAUGCUAAAGAUAUGGAAUGAUUUCAAUACAAACAGUAAGCCAGUCCUGUACUGUGAAUUAAA